AUGACAGCACUGCUGGCUGGAACGAACUUGUCUACCGGCGGCGACGACGAGGAGGACGAACAGGACCAGGGCGGCGGCGGUGAGAACACGGGGCGCGAGUGCCGUGCCCCACGUGCGCCACCGGGUUAUGAAGAACUGUCGUCUCACUUCGGCGCCCUGGAAGUGGCAGCAGAGGACAGCAGUGGCAACGGAGACGCGGCGUUCUACCUAACGAAAGCGAAGAUGUCGACGAUCGUAGCGCAUUCCGCUAGGCGGGUGCGCCAGACAUUAGAGGAUUUGUCGCGACGUAGAGUUCAUGGUUGUUUCUUUUUCUUGCGGUUCGCUUCCUGUCGUGUACUUGUAGUUUUUAUUUUGUUCUCUUGCAACAUCGAAGCGGGUACGCCAGGCAGACACUCCAGUGUCGCGACGUAGUUUGGGGAGGAGAUACAACUGUAGUGCAGCAGUAUUAAAUUGUUGUUUUCUUGCAGUGCGCUUCCUGUCGUGUUUCUUUUUCUGUUUGGUCUUUUGCAUCUUGCAACAUCCAAGGAGGGGCUCCAGGGCUGAGAUAUAGCUACGUCCACUUGGUACGAACGGGAGCCUUA